GACUUGUGGGACGCGGUUGGUUGACGGACACUUCGACCCAAACUACGUGCUCACGAAGAGCGGGCACGACCUCGUGCAACACUACUCCAUUAAGGCUUCGCACCCCGAGAUGCCGUACGCAAUGCACUUCCUGUCGAUGAUGUGCGCGCUGUCCAACGGGGCGAAGAUUGCACUGUUCCCUUCGUCGGACAGUCCACUCUUUAUCUUCUUCCUUAACAUUAACUAUGCUCAAACACGGAAGAGUUCGAUCACGGGCAGUGCAGACGGGUUCGGCGACCAGAUCGACAAACACGUGUUGAAGGUAGUUGAAAAGAUGUGGGAUGAUCUGAAGAGCGCGGAUGACGAGGAAGAGGAAAAUAACGUUGCUCCCAAAAUCGUCUCUUCAGUGCUGCACUCAGCGACGCCAGCUGAGUUCUUUCACCGCAUGGCUGGCGACUUCCAGCAAUUGCAGAACACCAACAAAAUGGAUCACGACGAACUGAAGCGCAGGCAUUUCUUCGGCGUGCUUGUGAACUUGGACGAAGCGCACGACCUACUCCAAGCCUUCGGGCUUUUGUCCGACGAGCAGAAGGCGUCCAGCAAGGGCGGGGGGAACGCCGUCAACCCGCACCAGUCUGCUUUCAACAAGUUAGCGCAGUGCGGCCAGGCGUCCCGGUCGACGAAGUCGUGCGGGUCCUACGGCGCCGCGGCGGCGCCGACGGUGUCUGUCGGCAUGACCGGGAACAUGCGCCCCAGCCAGUACGCGCCCAUGGAGAGGGGGGAGUCUGGCAGCCAUUUCGCCCACACGAAGGAGCGGCUCAUGGUGGCGACAGGCCGGCCGGUGCAGCCGCACGAAGCGCUCCCCGCGGACUUCGCCCCCCCGACCGGCCACUCGUCUUGGACGUGGCUGUGGGAACGUCCGACUGAUGGCCUACCCGCGUUGGAUGCCGCGGCAGAAGUCGACGAGCGGUUCCGCCCAGACGCGAACGGCUACGUGGUCACGCUGCCAGACGGCGUGGAGACGAGAGUGCGCUUCCGCUUGGCAUCUGACGCAACGUCGGGUUUCGAGGCAGAAUGGCGGAUCGCCAACCGCAGCUUUCCCAUUCCUGCCGCGUACGAGUUGCAGAAGUGCUGCGCCCGCGUCCUCACGUAUUUCAACGAGCCCCACCGCGUCCUCACCCUGACCGACCGGGCGGACGUUACAUUCAAGUCGUACAUGGGCUGCUUCAACGUCCAGGACAUCGAGGGCGCCGCGCGCAUGGGCUGCGCGCUGUGGCAACUGGGACAGAUCGCAGGGGCCCUGUGCGUAUUCGACAUCUUCCACGGCCGCUACGACGAGACCCCAGUGUACCAGGGCAGGACCAUCCAGGUUAUGCCCGAGCACAUUAAGCGGGCCGCUAGCUUACUGUCCGUGGUGGACCGCCUCAAAGCGAUCGCGGCGGGCGGAGACGCAGCGGCGACUUGCCCUCCCGGCAUGGACGAGGCCGCGAUGAUGAGGCUCCAGAUGGAGAGUUACAUCGGCACGGAGGGGGCCCCGCAGCCCUUCGACGGCCUGUGGUCCCAGAACGCCUUCGCAGGCGACGCGGCGACGCCUAGCGGCAACCAUCUUGAGGCAUCUGCAGUGGAGGAGGAGGAGGCUGAGGGGGAGGCUGCCCGGGCAUUGGGGCUCGACGGGACGCCGCAGGACGAACCGCGCGGCGCCGCCGCGCUGGGCAGCGGCGCCGGUGCAGACGAUGGCGGCUUUCGCCAGCGCCUCGCGGCAGAUGGGCCCGAGGGCGCGGGGGUCGGCGCGCGGGCUGACGUUCCGGGCGCAGAGGAACUCCAGGGUGCAGGUGACUUGGCUGCCGCCCAGGCGGCCCCUGCGAGCUCCACUCGCGACGCCUUGCUCACGAUGAAGGACGUCCGGUCCAUUGAAUACGGGUACGGACUCCAGGGAUCUUCGGUGCAGGAGACGUUGCUCGCGCCUCAGUGGACGGACCGCGCCGUGAUGCAGAAAACGCUCCUCGCGGGGACCCCAGUGAUUGACCGCAGGUCUGCCGCGCAACGCAUCAUGACUUCCCGUGCGGGUGGGGAGAGACGCAAGACCAUUGAUGCAGAGAGAUGGGCGCGCGUCAUGAAGGCAGGCCUCGCGGGUUGCUCCAUUGCCCAGUUUGACGAAGAGGGGUGCAAAGUGAAAAUGACUCCAGUUCCAGAUGACGUGGCCUUGCGCCACAAGUACCACAAUGAGCUCAUGACCUUGUGCGGCAUUACGCUCCGCCAACUGGUGGAAGCCAUGCAGUCCGCCAAGAAGGCAGCCGAGCAGCGCGGCCGGGCCGGCCCGAGGGAGCCUCAUCCAAAUAAGAAGGCCAACAGGGCGGUGGCUGAGCGGAGUCGCAGCCGUUCGCGGCAGCAGGAUGCCCGCGAGCGCAGUUGA